AUGGUGCCAUGGUGGCAUGGGUCGCUGUUACAUUUCUUCGAGGGGGAUCUCACUUUUUCAUCAUUUUUUAGUUUGGGAAUCAGUGAAGUUGAUUACGCUAUCAUUACACUGCUAGAUCUUGCUCAGAAGGUGAAAGAUAAGAAACACCUGAAUAGUGUAAUACCUGGCCUCAGAGCGUUAAAGAAGAUAUGUUUGUAUGGAUUAGUAAGAAGCUUGGUGGCGAGUAUUGAGGCUGUUCCUCAACUUAUUGAGCCUAAUUUGAAGGCGGGAACUUUAGAGUUAGCUUUGUGCAUUCUUGAAGUCCUGUCAAACAUUCCUAAAGGUAGUCUGGCUUUUAAGAAAUGUCCUAGCACCAUUCCAAUUAUCGUCAAGUUAUUGAUGAAAUUUUCAGAGUUGCACUCAAAUAGCACUAUCAAUUUUAUGGAUGUUUUUGAGCUUGCCCCAGAAGAAUUUGCAGCACUUGCUGUUGAUGCAGGCCUAGCAGCGAAGCUAGACCUUGUUAUUCAGAGUGGAUCAGCAGAGUUGUUAAAGUUGUGUAGCUUGAAUGACACUGGUACAAUGUUCAAUUCCAAUUUUAAGCUUGCCACAGCAGUAAGAUUAAUGAAACUGGUGAAAUGUCUACAUGCACAUAUACUUUAUGCCUUGAAGGAAAAUGAACCUAUAAUGUUCACAGCAUUCGAAUCAAUUUAA